AAAGUGGCAAAGAAUGAGCUGAGGACCCUGGGCACGGCACCCUUCCCUGGGUGGCCAGGAAGUGAGGAGAUCUGGGGACCCAGUGAGUGGCUAGGGUGCAGCAGGAGUUUGGGGGAUAGCCCCAGUCUUGGGAUCCCUGUCCUGGGCUGGGGACUGCCCCCUCCCCUGGCCUGGCUCCUGACGCCCGUGCUGCCGGUGAAACGCUGUUGACAUGUCCUGAAUUAUUAAGCACGGGGUGGGCUCCGGAGCACAUGCUGAGCGGAGCGGCUGGGGCUGCGCGGCGUGGCGGAGCAGCGCUCGCUCCCUCGCUCACUUGCUCGCUCGCAGGGACACACGCAGGGGCUGACAGCUGUGCUGGUGCUGAUAAGGGAAGCCACAAGGAGACGAUCGAGGAGAGAGACAAGCGGCAGCAGAGGCAGCAGCGGCAGAGGCAGCACCAGGGCUGCGGAGCUGCUGGGAGUGGGAGUGACUCCCCCACCUCGGGCCCCCACCCUGUCCCUGUCCUCUUCCUGCUUGCCCUGAGUUUAGAAGAGCAGCCGCUGCCACCACCGCCACUCGGGAGGGCACCAGGGCUGCUGGCUAGGGAGGGACAGGGCAGGGAGGCUCUGGCCAGUCCCAGCAGCCGGGGACAGAUGCCGAUCGAGAUUGUGUGCAAAAUCAAAUUUGCUGAGGAGGAUGCGAAACCCAAGGAGAAGGAGGCAGGGGAUGAGCAGAGCCUCCUCGGGGCUGCUGCCCCUGGAGCAGCCCCCCGAGACCUGGCCACCUUUGCCAGCACCAGCACCCUGCAUGGACUGGGCCGGGCCUGUGGCCCAGGCACCCACGGACUGCGCAGAACCCUGUGGGCACUGGCCCUACUCACCUCGCUGGCUGCCUUCCUGUACCAGGCGGCUGGCCUGGCCCGGGGCUACCUGACCCGGCCUCACCUGGUGGCAAUGGACCCCGCUGCCCCAGCCCCAGUGGCGGGCUUCCCGGCUGUCACCCUCUGCAAUAUCAACCGCUUCCGGCAUUCGGCACUCAGCGAUGCCGACAUCUUCCACCUGGCCAAUCUGACAGGGCUGCCCCCCAAAGACCGGGAUGGGCACCGUGCGGCUGGCCUGCGCUACCCAGAGCCUGACAUGGUAGACAUCCUCAACCGCACUGGCCACCAGCUCGCCGACAUGCUUAAGAGCUGCAACUUCAGUGGGCAUCACUGCUCCGCCAGCAACUUCUCUGUGGUCUAUACUCGCUAUGGGAAGUGUUACACCUUCAACGCGGACCCGCGGAGCUCGCUGCCCAGCCGGGCAGGGGGCAUGGGCAGUGGCCUGGAGAUCAUGCUGGACAUCCAGCAGGAGGAGUACCUGCCCAUCUGGAGGGAGACAAAUGAGACGUCGUUUGAGGCAGGUAUUCGGGUGCAAAUCCACAGCCAGGAGGAGCCGCCCUACAUCCACCAGCUGGGGUUCGGGGUGUCCCCAGGCUUCCAGACCUUUGUGUCCUGCCAGGAACAGCGGCUGACCUACCUGCCCCAGCCCUGGGGCAACUGCCGUGCAGAGAGUGAGCUCAGGGAGCCUGAGCUUCAGGGCUACUCGGCCUACAGUGUGUCUGCCUGCCGGCUGCGCUGUGAAAAGGAGGCCGUGCUUCAGCGCUGCCACUGCCGGAUGGUGCACAUGCCAGGCAAUGAGACCAUCUGCCCACCAAAUAUCUACAUCGAGUGUGCCGACCACACACUGGGAAAAAUGCAUUGCUGGCUAUCGGUGUGGGUAAGGCAAACCCCAUCUGUCCACAGAUCUUGCCUGAUCUGCAGUUCAUCCAUCUAUCCAUCCAUUCAUCGAUUCGUGCAUUCUCCAGACCUUUACAGCCUGUGCUGGGUACUGGAGGUGAGAGUGGGGGCGACAGCCCUGCCCUUGGAGAGCUUACACCCCGGCAGGGCUGUGGACAGCCAUUCCCACACAGCCCGUCAACUCCUGGAGAGGGGAGCCUCGGGUGUGCUGCAAGGCCCCAAGGAGGGGUGUGCAGCCCUAGCCUGGGAAGGUAGGGAGGAUUCCUAGAGGAAGGGACACAUUAGCUGAGGCUUGAUGGGUGUGUAAGAGUCAGGUGCAAAGGGGGACAUACACUGAAGACCUGUGCCCAGAAAGAGCAUGCUGUGUCCGGGGCACUGAAAGAUCUGUGUGGCUGCAGGGCAGAGAACAGGGGAGGGAGUAGAAAGAGUGGAGGAGGGAGGCCAGGCACGGUGGCUCACAAGUGUAGACCCAGCACUUUGGGAGGCCAGGGUCUGUGGAUCACUUGAGCCCAGUAGUUCAAGACCAGCCUGGGCAACAUGGUGAGACCCUGUCUCUGCAAAAAAUAAAAAAGUGAACUGGGUGUGGUGGUGCACAUCUAUAGUCCCACCUAUUCGGGAGGCUGAGGCAAGAGGAUAGGCUUCAGCCUGGGAGGUCGAGGCUGCGGUGAGCUGAGAUCACACCAUUGCACUCUAGUCUGAGCUACAGAGUUACCCUGUCUCAAAAAAAAAAAAAAAAAAAAAAAAGAGGAGGGAGGCUCUAGGAAGCCAACAAAGGCCUCUGGCAAGGCAGGAAUGCCAGGUGAGUCCAAUGAGAUAGGAGGGGAGGAGACUCAAAGCCAGGGACUGGCCGAGCUGGCUGCAGUAAUCCAGACACCUGGGGCCUUGGGGCUGGGUUUGAGACACUGGGCAGCCACACACACAUCCAGCCCUUCUCUGUCCCCCACACCACCUGCAUCUGUCACAGGGGUGAUUGGAGGUGUUUAGUGAAGGAACAGAUAUGUGAUCAGGAGUAAGGCGCCUGCAAGGCACAGUGGGAGACCACAGAGCUAGCAACAUGGGGAGCCUUCAUUCCCACCAGGCCUGCAGGAGGAGAGAGAGACCUGUGGCUGUCCAAGAGGGCUGACUGACAGCAGCAUGGCUGGAGGAGCACAGCCUCUGCCACCUAUGGCCUGGCAGUGAGGAAGCCAGGCGGGAGAAAUACCCUGGCAUCUCUUCCCUCUCACCUUCUGUUUCUGCUGGGGCCUCCUGUUGGCCAAACUCAACCCAAAGCCAGAGGACAAGGGAGUUUAGUUGAUGCAUCUAGGGGAGAUCAGCCUCAUAGGGUGCAGAGCAAGGUUGAAGAGUGGAGAGUGGAUCUGAAGGUACAGGCAGAGAAAGCCCAGCACAUUGAUCCUGGGAAGCUUGUCGGUCUAUUUGUUCUUCCGUUCGCCCAUCCGUCGAUCUGGCCAUCUGCCAUCCAUCCAUCCAUCCAUCCAUCCAUCCAUCCAUCCAUCCAUCCAUGCAUGCAUGCAUCCCAGCAUCCUCUCCACACCUCCUUGUGUGUCUGAGGCCUCACAUAGUUGAUUAGCUCUGGAGGAUGGGCUCUGUUCUCCCUCUGGGCCACGAGGACCACCCCCAGUCCCAGGGGGUUGGGAGGGUGCUGGGGGAUUCUGCUUAUAUCUGCUCUCUGGAGCAGUCUGAAGCUGGUUCAGGCGGGGACCUGCAGCCAGUCCCCUCUAGGAAGCACUGGGGCUGGCCAGUAAAGGCCCUCAGUGUGGGUGUGCUUGCCUCAGGA